AUGGUAGACACGGGCAAGUCGGCCCGUCCGCGCGCCACGAGCAGCAGCGCCAAACCCUCCCCCUCAAUCGCCUCGCACCGUUCGCACAAGAGUCUGCCACAGCAGCAGCAGCAACAACAACAACAGCCACAGCAGCAGCAGCAACAACAACAACAACAACAACAACAACAGCCGCCGCCGCAGUCCCACCAGACGCUGCCCAGAAGCCACACGCCCGGCCAUCUUGCCAGCAAGAGCGUCAAUGACCGGAGCGCGAGUGCCGCUGCCAAGCAGGGCGCCGAGCAGCACGCCGUCCGUCAGCGAUCGCAGUCGGCGUCCCAGGUGCCCCCGCGGCCCGCGACAGCCGGCGGCAGCAAGAGCUAUCCCAAGCAGCAGCUGCCGCCGCCGAUGCCGCUGACCGCGGAAGAACCUGAGCGGGACACGAAGCGAGGCGGAGGCGGCGGCGGCAGCGGCGGCGGCCACAUCACCGCGCGCACGACGUCGGUGCUGACGGCCAAGUCGACGGCGCCUUCGUCCCGAAGCACGUCGGCGGCGCACUCACACGCGCCCAAGAGCGAGCACGUCGCGUUCCCGCCGCUGCAGGACCCCAAGGACGCGCCCGACAUUGCGCCGGCGCCGGCGUCGGGCAUGUACUGGUCCCGGGCGCCCGUGUCGGGCGCCACUCACUCCAAUCUGCGCGCGCACACGACGACGCUCGUCGGGUCCAACGUAUACGUCUUUGGCGGGUGCGACGCGCGCACCUGCUUCAACACAAUGUACGUGCUCGACGCCGACGCCUUUUACUGGUCGGUGCCGCACGUCGUCGGCGAGAUUCCCGUGCCGCUGCGCGCCAUGACGUGCACGGCCGUCGGCAAGAAGCUCGUCGUCUUUGGGGGAGGCGACGGGCCGGCCUACUACAACGACGUCUACGUGCUCGACACGGUCAACUUUCGCUGGACCAAGCCCAAGAUUGUGGGCGACCGCGUGCCGUCCAAGCGCCGCGCGCACACGGCCUGCCUGUACAAGAACGGCAUCUACGUCUUUGGCGGCGGCGACGGCGUGCGCGCGCUCAACGACAUUUGGCGCCUCGAUGUCGGCGACAUCACCAAGAUGUCGUGGAAGCUCAUCUCGGGUCCCGAAAAGUCGUCGCCCGACCCCGCCGCCGCCGCCACGCCCGCCAAGGAACGACGGCCCAAGGCACGCGGCUACCACACGGCCAACAUGGUCGGCAGCAAGCUCAUCAUCUACGGGGGCUCCGACGGCGGCGAGUGCUUCGACGAUGUCUGGGUGUACGACGUCGAGACGCACGUGUGGAAGGCCGUGCCCAUUUCCGUCACCUUUCGGCGGCUCUCGCACACGGCCACCAUUGUCGGGUCCUAUCUCUUCGUCAUUGGCGGCCACGACGGCAGCGAGUACUGCAACGACGUGCUGCUGCUCAACCUCGUCACCAUGACGUGGGACAAGCGCCGCGUCUACGGACUGAGCCCGACCGGCCGCGGCUACCACGGCACGGUCCUGCACGACAGCCGGCUGCUGGUGGUGGGCGGGUUCGACGGGAGCGACGUGUUUGGCGACGUUCACAUUCUGGAGCUGGCGGUGCAUGCAUACUAUUCGCAGAUUAGUCAUUUCACGAUUGAGGUGUAA